CCUUUGAACGUAGGAUUACCUCGGAGGGAAUCAAUCAUGUUUCGACCAUUUCGCUUCAUCAACCAUCUGGCUUUGAUUGUCACAGUACAAAUAUUAUGGGUCCAAUCUGAAGGCCUCCAACGAUCGUCACGUGCUGUGGUGGAGUUUCCCAUGGGAACAUCCAACGGAUUCCUGAUCGCGAUUGCCAUCCCGUUGGAAAUCCCCGGCCGGAACAUCUAUCUGUCGCACAAUUUCGAGAUGAACUACGUGCUGCCUAGCAAUGUGACCCAGUACCGGUUGUGGUACGAUUUGUUCAAGAACAGCAAAUACAACGUGGCCGAGACGGUGCGCCGCAGACGAAGUAUUGAAACCGGGAGCAGGUUCAGCCGACGGUUUGUGUACGAGUUGUUAGCCGAACGAAUGGAUUUGUAUGGUUACAACGGGACUGCUUGUAUCCACAAAGCAAUUUGUGAAACUUUUGAGGCUCCAUUCUAUCACUAUAAUGGAGUGCUUGGAGAUGUUGCUCAUGUGUCCUUCCGCUUCGAAAGAUGA